CCAGUCACAGAGCGGACGGGGGCAGAGCGGGCUGGGCCCGGGCCCGGGGCCGGUGGCGGAGCCGGGCGGUUCCGCCAUGGCCCACUUCGAGACGCAGUACCAGCGCCUGGAGAGUUCCUCCACCGAGUCCCCGCCCGGUGGCGGCGAUCUGCUCGUCCACGUCCCCGAGGGCGCCAAGUCUCCGUGGCAUCACAUCGAGAACCUGGACCUCUUCUUCUCUCGCGUUUAUAACCUGCAUCAGAAGAAUGGCUUCACUUGCAUGCUCAUUGGAGAGAUCUUUGAGCUCAUGCAGUUCAUCUUUGUGGUGGCAUUCACCACCUUUCUUAUCAGCUGUGUUGAUUACGACAUUCUCUUUGCCAACAAAGCAGUAAAUCACAGCCAGCAUCCCAGUGAACCCAUUAAAGUGACUCUGCCAGAUGCUUUCCUGCCUCCAAAUGUCUGCAGUGCAAGAAUCCAGGCAAACAGCUUCCUCAUCUGCAUCCUGGUGAUAGCUGGGGUUUUCUGGAUCCACCGACUUGUCAAGUUUAUCUACAACAUUUGCUGCUACUGGGAGAUUCACUCUUUUUACAUCAAUGCCUUGAAAAUCCCCAUGUCCACCCUGCCAUACUACACGUGGCAGGAGGUGCAGGCCCGCAUCGUGCAGAUCCAGAAGGAGCACCAGAUCUGCAUCCACAAGAAAGAGCUGACGGAGCUGGACAUUUACCACCGCAUCCUCCGCUUCAAGAACUACAUGGUGGCCAUGGUGAACAAGUCACUGCUGCCUAUCCGCUUCCGCCUGCCCCUGCUGGGAGACACUGUCUUCUACACACGGGGGCUCAAGUACAACUUUGAGCUCAUCUUCUUCUGGGGGCCCGGUUCCCUCUUUGAGAACGAGUGGAGCCUGAAGGCUGAGUACAAGCGGGCUGGGAACCGCCUGGAGCUGGCUGAGAAGCUCAGCACUCGCAUCCUCUGGAUUGGCAUUGCUAACUUCCUCCUCUGCCCCCUCAUCCUCAUCUGGCAGAUCCUCUAUGCCUUCUUCAGCUACACAGAGAUCCUGAAACGGGAGCCGGGCAGCCUGGGUGCCCGCUGCUGGUCUCUCUAUGGCCGCUGUUACCUCCGUCACUUCAAUGAGCUGGACCAUGAACUGCACUCACGCCUCAGCAAAGGGUACAAGCCAGCUUCCAAGUACAUGAACUGCUUUAUCUCCCCGCUCCUCACCAUCGUGGCCAAGAACGUGGCCUUCUUUGCUGGCUCCAUCCUGGCUGUGCUCAUCGCUCUCACCAUCUAUGAUGAGGACGUGCUGGCGGUCGAGCACGUGCUGACCACGGUCACCCUGCUUGGGGUGGGCAUCACGGUGUGCAGGUCUUUCAUCCCUGACCAGCACCUGGUAUUUUGCCCGGAGCAGCUGCUGCGAGUCAUCCUGGCACACAUCCACUACAUGCCUGACCACUGGCAGGGCAAUGCCCACCGCUAUGAGACCAGGGAUGAGUUUGCCCAGCUCUUCCAGUACAAAGCAGUCUUCAUCCUGGAGGAGCUCCUGAGCCCCAUCAUUACCCCCCUGAUCCUCAUCGUCUGCCUGCGACCCAAGUCCUUGGACAUUGUGGACUUCUUCCGCAACUUCACUGUGGAGGUGGUGGGUGUGGGUGACACCUGCUCCUUUGCCCAGAUGGACGUGCGCCAGCAUGGCCACCCUGCGUGGAUGUCAGCAGGAAAGACGGAGGCCUCCAUUUACCAGCAGGCCGAGGAUGGCAAGACAGAGCUGUCCCUCAUGCACUUUGCCAUCACCAACCCCAAGUGGCAGCCACCCCGCGAGAGCACAGCCUUCAUUGGCUUCCUGAAGGAGCGGGUGCACCGGGACAGCAGUGUGGCACUGGCUCAGCAGGCUGUGCUGCCUGAAAAUGCCCUCUUCAGCUCCAUCCAGUCCUUGCAGUCGGAGUCAGAGCCACACAGCCUGAUUGCCAAUGUAAUAGCAGGCUCCUCAGCACUGGGCUUCCACAUGGGCCGGGAUGGACAGGCCUCUCGCCACCUCUCCGAAGUGGCCUCGGCCCUGCGCUCCUUCUCCCCUCUCCAGUCUGCCCAGCAGCCUCCUGGUGGCUUCCAGACAGCAGGAAGGGAUGGAGAGGGAGCCCAGCCUCGUGGCGCCGGUGCCAUGACAGCCUCUGGGGCUGAUGCGAGGACUGUGAGCUCAGGGAGCAGCGCCUGGGAGGGUCAGCUGCAGAGCAUGAUCCUGUCGGAGUAUGCCUCCACUGAGAUGAGUCUCCACGCACUCUACAUGCAUGAGUUGCACAAGCAGCACGCUCAGCUGGAGCCCGAGCGGCACACUUGGCACCGUCGUGAGAGUGAUGAGAGCGGCGAGAGUGCCCAUGAGGAACUGGACACUCAGCGUGGUGCCCCCAUCCCUCGCUCUGCCAGCUACCCCUUCUCUUCAUCGCGGCAGCCCGCUGAGGAGACAGCCACACUGCAGACUGGCUUCCAGCGGCGAUAUGGUGGCAUCACAGACCCAGGCACAGUACACAGAGCCCCAUCACACUUCUCCCGCCUCCCUCUGGGGGGCUGGGCUGAGGACGGGCAGUCAGCGAGACACCCAGAGCCUGUACCAGAGGAGAGCUCAGAGGAUGAGCUUCCACCACAGAUCCACAAGGUAUAGCCUUGUAGACUGGGGAUCUGAUGGGGGUUGCAGACUGGGAGCCGCCUGGGCAGCAGGAUGUGGCAUCAGCCUGAUUCUUCUCCUGUCCUGAGUGGACAGGAUCAUCCCAGGCUCCGUUUUGUUGCCAUCAGUUGCCGAAGAGACAAAACUGCCCGGCCAGCGGCUUUGCGGUGGCACCUUGUGUCCAGCCAUGUGUCAAGUCAACGCCACUCUGACUCUUGUGGGGUGAAUGUGUGUGUGAGUACAUACCCGUGUCUGUGGUCA